CCUGUCUUUGAGAAGUAGACACAAAUGUGUGUGAAGAAGGAGAAGGGAGGGGGCGCAGGGUGAGCACGGAGCGCCGCCGCGUUUGCGCAUGCGCAAAAACUUGCUGGCUCAUCUUUCAGGGGAGGCGACGGUCGCGGGCUUGAUGAAAAAAAUAAAAGUAAAAACUGCGACUGCGCCGUCAUGUAGCGAAUCAGCGCCCCUGGCUAUAGCUGCACGCGCUCCUGCUGGAAAUGUGUGAAGAAAGGGGGGGGGGGGGGGCUGCGGGGAAUCAGUUCAAUUGUGGGACGCUUCCAAAUUAAGUGGCUAGGUGGGGACAAGGGCGAGGGUUUGAAUCUACUUUAUAAAACCUUUUUAUAAGUCAGUCAUAAGGUGACAUUCUAUAACCUACAUUUUAAUAAAGGUAUAAAAAAAUAUAUUCUGCUUUUGUGGGUUAAUUUUGUGUGAAAUGCCCAAAUGAAAAAAUGGCAACACAAAACAAUGCUGUCACUAAGGUGACAGUUGGUUCAGUCGAAGGACUUGAUGCCUUCUCGUGACGUGAGGACAUUUAUGCCAAACAAACGCCAAAAACAUCUAAAAUAUGGAGAAAAAAAGGUCAAAGCCAUCUGGUGCCCAAUUUAGAAAGAAAAGAAAAGAAGAAGAGGAGAAAAGAGAUAAAGAAAAGGGGGCACUUCUAAGAUAUUUUGGAUCGUCUACCACUGCUCAAGAUGAGACAUCUACCUCCCUGCCAGCUAUCUCAUCAGCCACAGUCACAGUCUCACCCCCUCAGGAUGAGCUACCAUCUACAUCCUCUGCUACUCAUGUAGUUCCACAGUUGUUACCUGAGCAAAGUUUUGAUAGUGAGGCUGAAGACGUUGUUCCAUCUACGUCUACCCAGCUUGAGACUUCAGAAAUGCCUGGUGAUGAAACCCCACUGACCCCGACUGCUGAGGACCAGCCUCUACCAACUGACCCUGCAAAGUGGCCCUCACCUCUGACUGACAGGAUACGGAUGGAGCUGGUUCGAAGAGGACCAAGUAGCAUACCACCUGACUUUGUUUUCCCAAGAAAUGACAGUGAUGGGAGAAGUUGUCAUCACCACUAUUUCAGGAAGACACUAGUAAGUGGUGAAAAAAUAGCAAGAACUUGGUUGAUGUAUUCAAAAGUGAAGAACAGCCUCUUUUGCUUUUGUUGCAAAUUGUUUUCCAACAAAAACAUUAAUUUAACAACUUCUGGUACAGCAAACUGGAAACAUGCAAGCACAUACCUCACAGCACACGAAAAAAGCCCAGAACACCUCAAUUGUAUGAAAGCAUGGAAGGAACUGUCAGGGAGGAUCAGAAGUGGGAAAACAAUUGAUAAGCAGGAGAUGGCACUUCUGGAAGAGGAGCGGGUGAGAUGGAGAGCAGUGCUAACCCGUCUCAUUGCUAUUGUGCAGUCACUGGCAGUUCGGAAUUUGGCUCUAAGGGGACACACAGAAACACUGUUCACAUCAUCAAAUGGGAAUUUUUUGAAAGAGGUUGAACUGAUGGCCAGGUUUGAUCCCAUAAUGAAAGAUCAUCUUAACCGUGUAUUAAGAGGAACAGCAAGUCACAACAGCUACAUAGGCCAUCAUGUGCAGAAUGAACUUAUUGAUUUGUUGAGCAGCAAAAUCCUAUCCGCUAUAGUGGAUGACAUCAAAAAGGCAAAAUAUUUUUCAAUAAUUCUGGACUGCACUCUGGAUAUAAGCCACACAGAACAGUUGUCAGUUAUAAUUAGAGUGGUGUCACUGAUGGAGAAGCCUCAGAUCAGGGAACAUUUUAUGGGGUUUUUGGAGGCAGAGGAGUCCACAGGCCAGCACUUGGCAUCCAUGAUCUUAAACAGACUUGAGGAGUUAGGAAUUUCUUUUGAAGACUGCAGAGGACAAUCAUAUGAUAAUGGGGCAAAUAUGAAAGGCAAAAAUAAGGGAGUACAAGCCAGGCUCUUAGAAAAGAAUCCCCGUGCUCUGUUUUUGCCAUGCGGUGCACACACAUUGAAUUUAGUUGUGUGUGAUGCUGCUAAGAGAUCUGUUGAUGCUAUGAGCUACUUUGGUGUCCUGCAAAAGCUUUACACUUUAUUUUCAGCCUCUGCCCAACGAUGGGCCAUACUGAAGAGUCAGGUGAGCAUCACUCUAAAGUCGUGGACAGAAACAAGGUGGGAGAGCAAAAUCAAAAGCAUCGAGCCCAUGAGGUACCAGGGAGCUGCAGUGAGAGAGGCUUUAAUAGAAGUGAGAGACAAGACCAAAGACCCAGUUAUAAAGGCUGAGGCCCAGUCUUUGUCUGAAGAGGUAGGGUCGUACCGCUUCAACAUCUGCACAGUCGUAUGGCAUGACAUUCUAUCUACAAUAAAGCAUGUCAGCAAACUCAUGCAGUCUCCAAAUAUGCAUGUGGACCUAGCUGUGAGUCUUUUGAAGAAGACUGAACAAAGUCUCCAGAGCUACAGGGCAAAUGGCUUUGUGAAUGCACAGAUGGCAGCCAAAGAAAUGUGCAAGGAAAUGAAUGUCGAGGCUAUUUUGAAACAAAAAAGAAUAAGAUCCACAAAGUGCCAAUUCUCGUAUGAAUCACACGAUGAGCCUUUCAGUGACGCACUUAAAAAGUUGGAGGUUGAAUUUUUCAAUGUUGUUGUUGAUGAAGCCUUGUCAGCCAUCGCGGAGAGGUUUUCCACAUUGGAAGUUGUACAAAACAGAUUUGGGGUUUUGACCAAUUUCCCAAGCCUUGGAGACGAGGAGCUGACGGAGCAAUGCGAGGCACUAGGCAACAUACUCCAUUUUGAGAAGAACUGGGAUUUGGACAGUAGAGAGCUUGUUCAGGAAAUCAAGAACUUGCCUAACUUACCAUCAACGACUCCAAGUCUCCUUGAGCUCAUCUCUUUCAUGUCUGAUAAGGAUCUAUCAGAAAUCUAUCCGAACUUUUGGACUGCUCUCAGGAUUGCACUCACCUUGCCAGUCACUGUGGCUCAAGCAGAGAGGAGCUUUUCAAAACUAAAAUUGAUCAAGUCGUACCUGAGGUCAACAAUGUCACAGGAGCGACUCACUAACCUUGCCGUUGUUAGCAUCAAUCACUCAGUAGGGGAGCAGAUAUCAUAUGAUGAUGUUAUUGACGAGUUUGCAUCAAGAAAGGCUAGGAAGGUUAGGUUUUAGUUGGUGUUUUCUGUUAUUGUAUUGGUGCUGCAGUUAUAUUUAUUUUAGCGUGUCAUUUGUGUGAUAAAAGGUUUGUGCUUUAUAAUAUUUAUUUUAUAUUAUUUAUUCAAUAUUGAGUUUGAUUCAAUAUUUUCUUAGCUAACUGUAUUUUUGCCAUGCUUAUGGUCUUUUAUUUUUUG